AUGGGCAUCAUCAGGAAGCAGGUCGGCGCUGAAGGGGAGAAGAAGCUGUUCUGGCUGAGCAAGCUACUGGAGACCAAGGACGUGGCGGUGGACGAAAAUGUCACGGUGUGUUUGGUCAAGGCGAUAAAUGACAUAGACUCUGGUUAUCGACACCCACAUCUAGAGCAAUGGCGGUGUCUCGGCAAGCUGCUACUGGAGGCGACACGGGCGGGUGUGACCUAUGAUUUUGUUCAUUUUAUAUCUUCGCUGCACGCAUGCACAGAGGUUCUUCUGUGUGAGGCUGCGGCGGCAGCGGAGACUAGCGGCGUCAGCAUCGCCACCGGCACCGCCGCCGCUUCAGCCGACGUCUGCAGGAAGCUAUCUAGGUACAUGAUGUACCUUGUUGCUGCACACCCAGCUGCUGCUUCACUUUUGCAGGUUCUUUCUAGCUAG